AUGAGUUCAUUCAAGAUCAGACUUGACCAACACGGAGCAGGUACUAACUGUAGUGUGUGUGUGUUGCAGGUGAUCGUUGAGAGGUACAGCAAGGAGACCACUCUACCCAUCCUGGACAAGACUAAGUUCCUCGUGCCUCAAGAGCUCACCAUGUCGCAGUUCGUCACCAUCCUCAGGAACCGCAUGCAGCUGCACAGCACCAUGACCUUCUACCUCCUGGUGAACAACAGGUCGCUGGUCUCACUGUCACGGCCGCUAUCAGAGGUGUACAGGGAGUGUCACGACGAUGAUGGCUUCCUCUAUGUUACUUACGCCAGCCAGGAGGUGUUUGGGUAAAGUGUGUGUAUGGCGAUGCUUGCUUCUCGUAUUUCUGUGAUAGACCUCUUGGAACUCUGCUCAAGCCAUGGGAUCCUGUACAGUAUCUUGACGUGAUACAGUUGUGUUAUGCUCACCGGUAAUCCACCAUCACUAACGCUGAUAGCCUUAGCAAGAGCACCAUUGUACAUUAAGCACUGACAAUUUUUGCUUCAUUUUAUUCACACUUACGGUAAUAGUGUGAAUUCAGAAUGAAAUAAAUGACCUCGUGUCUUAAGGUUAAUAUUUUAUGUCUUAUAGUUAUUAUAGGUUUUAAUGAUUCAGGAUAAGUUGUCUAGAAUGAAAACUAGACUUGAAAAACGUUUAUAUCAGGUUAUGGAUGUUGGGUACAGAGUCACUUAAUAUCUGGAUCUGAAUUUGUAAACUCUCAGCUUGGUGAUGUAAAGUGAGAUAUUGGUUUUAUGUUUUGACCCUUCCCUUGUUUAAAGAAACUAGGAAAUUAACCACAUAAUUGACUUGUUACCUAAGAUCCACCUACUUAUGGCUUCCUUUAGCGACCAUAACAGGUUGAGUGGCUGCCAGUUGCUAAGUGAAUCAAGUCGCCACAUCAGUAAAUGUAUACAGUGCAGUCCUGAUAAAUUUUCUCUCGUCACUGUGAGUUUUGGUGGUGGCAAUUUUUGGUUUCACAGUUUUAUUAUUUUAAAUGUUGUAAAAUUUGCUGAUAUGACAUUGCAAUAAUUAUUUCCACAGCCAUCAGUCAGUCUCUACUUGUGGCAGUUGCUAAAGAUGAUAAAUAUGGGUUAAAAUUAUUGUAGAGGAUAGCCAGGUUAUGUCAUGUGGUUCACCAAGUACAUUGAUUAUUAUUGAUGCGUUGAUUU